AGCAAUGAGGACAAUCUUGGAAACCUAAGUCUUCUCACUUUUCACAAUUUAUUAUAUAUGUCGGUCGAAAUAUCUAAGAAUUUCAGUUGGAAUAUGCUCCUUUGCUUUCUUCAAAAUGCUCCAAAGCUAGAGAAUCUUGUCGUUAAGAAAUUGUUUAAAAGAAAUUCGAAAAGAAAAGAGGUUGGAAACUCUAGGUGGAUCGAACCACAAAUAACUCCGACAUGUAUUUCAACCAAUCUCAAAAUAUUUGAAUUCAAAGGAGUUCAAAACAUAAAAGUUGAGUUGGACUUUAUACGAUAUAUUAUAAAGAGCUCAAAAAUGUUAGAGAAAGUUAAGAUUUUUACACCAAAGUCAAAGGGGACGUCAGAGAAGAAAUCUAUAGUUGAAACAAAACUACUCAAGUGGUCAAAGAAAUCAUCGGUACUAGCAUGGGAAAUUAAUUCGGUUUGA